GUUCAGCCCCUAUACUUAUAACUACCUCAUUCGUAAGGAUUCACCUGAAUGUAGGUCUGAAUAGAUCAGUACAGCAUUCGCUUGCCACAGGGCCAACGGGGUUCACUGGAAUGAUAUACUACAUAAGAUGAAAAGAUUUAAAAGUUUUUAAAAAUAAUAAAGAGGAUAAAAGAUGAAUCCAUCUGAAUCGCAGCAAGAUUUAUUGGAGAAUGAAGCUAGGGCAUCAUCUCUGCCAUCUCUCAAUCCACCGGUUGAGUACGCACUUGGCCCAGUUGAAAAACAUUUUUUACUCAGUGCAGAACGCGGUGAUUGUGCAACAGUCAAAAGACUACUUGAGGAACAUAAGGGCCAUCCGGAGAUACUCGAUAUAAACUGUGUUGACCCGUUGAAUCGAUCUGCGCUCAUCGCUGCCAUUGAAAAUGAGAAUAUUGAGUUGAUAAAAAUUUUAUUAGAGCUUGGAAUAGCUGUUAACGACGCUUUAUUACAUGCAAUCAAAGAAGAGUACGUUGAAGCUGUCGAGAUGCUCUUAGAUUGGGAAGAAAAAAUUCACGAACCGGGAAAACCUUAUGUCUGUAUAAUAUUUUUAUCUAGCGAAUACAUUAUUUUUUAUUUACCUGUGUAUUUAUUUCGAUUGCAGAGUUGGGAAUUCACUGACACCUCGUCGUCGAAUUUUACUCCGGAUAUCACGCCACUCAUUCUGGCUGCUCACAAAAAUAAUUAUGAAAUAUUGAAGAUUCUUCUGGAUCGAGGAGCGACUCUUCCCAGUCCUCAUGAUGGCCGGUGCGGAUGUGAUGAGUGCGUUAGUUCUAGUGAAAAAGAUUCGCUGCGUCAUUCACAUUCUCGCAUAAACGCCUAUCGGGCUUUAACUUCACCCUCUCUCAUAGCCUUAUCAUCACGAGAUCCAUUGCUGACUGCUUUUGAAUUGUCAUGGGAGUUGCGACGAUUGAGUCGGAUGGAACAGGAAUUCAGAUCUGAGUACAACGAAUUGAAGGAACAAUGUCAAGAAUUCGCAACAUCUUUACUGGAUCACGCUCGAACGUCUCAUGAACUCGAGUUGAUGUUGAAUUAUAAUCCAACAGGUGAAAAUUGGGAGCCAGGUGAAAGACAAACCCUAGAUAGACUCAAACUCGCUAUUAAGUACAAACAAAAACAAUUCGUGGCUCAUCCCAAUGUUCAGCAGCUCCUGGGGGCAAUAUGGUACGACGGUUUGCCGGGUUUUCGCCGACUCACAAUGGUUGGACAACUCGUCAAAGUUGCCAAGCUCGGAGCAAUGUUUCCAGUCUACAGUACCAUUUACAUGCUGUCACCAACCUCCCAAAUGGGCCAGUUCAUGAAGAAGCCAUUUGUCAAAUUCAUCUGUCACUCCUCCUCCUACGCAUUUUUUUUAAUGCUCUUGGGGAUGGCAUCCCAACGAGUUGAAUACCUUGCGAUUGAAUUAUUCGGAAAUGCCUGGAUGAGAGAAAUCCUGGAAGGAUGGAAAAGACACGAGAGAGGAUGCAUCCCAGGUUUUGUCGAGAGUGGAGUUAUGAUUUAUGUGAUAAGUCUGAUUAUUGGAGAAAUUCGAUCACUAUGGAGUGAUGGAAUGCUGGAAUAUGUUUCCGAUCUGUGGAAUAUUGUGGAUUUCAUUCAGAACAUGUUCUACGUUAUCUGGAUAACCCUGAGGAUGACCGCCUGGUACACAGUUCAGAGAGAAUAUUGGAGUGGGGAAAAUCCUUGGUACCCGAGAGAUCAGUGGGACGCUUUCGACCCGAUGCUCCUCUCCGAGGGUGCUUUUGCAGCUGGCAUGAUCUUCAGCUUCCUAAAACUCGUUCACAUAUUCAGUGUGAAUCCACAUUUGGGACCUCUUCAAAUAUCAUUAGGGCGAAUGAUAAUUGAUAUUAUCAAAUUCUUCUUCAUCUAUACACUCGUUUUAUUUGCCUUUGGAUGUGGUAUGAAUCAAUUGAUGUGGUACUACGCAGACCUUGAGAAAUCCAAGUGUUAUCAUUUGCCAACUGGAUUACCUGAUUUUGAUAAUCAGGAAAAGGCGUGUUCUAUCUGGCGACGAUUUGCCAAUUUAUUUGAGACAUCUCAAUCCCUUUUCUGGGCGAGCUUCGGUAUGAUCGAUUUAAUGUCGUUCGACUUGACUGGAAUAAAGAGCUUCACACGUUUCUGGGCACUCCUAAUGUUCGGUUCGUAUUCGGUUAUCAAUGUAAUCGUUCUCCUGAAUAUGCUCAUUGCUAUGAUGUCCAACUCCUAUCAAAUUAUUUCGGAACGAUCAGACACGGAGUGGAAAUUCGCGAGGAGUCACCUGUGGAUGAGCUACUUCGAGGAUGGAGAUACAGUACCUCCACCAUUCAACAUGAUUCCCACAGCGAAGACCUUCAACAAAAUAAUUCGAUGCGGAAAUACCGGACGACCCACCAAAUCUCUCAUCAAAAAAUCGCGUGAAAAGGCGAGAGACCGUCACGAGACAGUAAUGCGAUUGCUUGUUCGUCGAUAUGUAACUGCUGAGCAGAGGAAACGCGAUGAAUUUGGAAUAACUGAAGACGAUGUGAUGGAAAUUCGUCAAGACAUAUCAACACUUCGAUACGAAUUGAUUGAUAUUUUGCGACAGAAUGGUAUGCGAACGCCAGCAAUGGAAAAGGCAGAAGUGUCCGGUAAGAAAGGACGAGUGAUGGAGCGUCGUCUUCAGAAGGAUUUCCAAAUAGGAAUAGUCGAGGGAAUAGUUAAUGCUGUAAUUCAGAGUGAAAAAGAACCCAAAGAUGUCUUCAGUCAAUUGGCUAAAGCAAUUGGUCGACGCUCGAGUUCCAGUGCUAAAAAAGAUUGGAAUGCUGUCGUCAGGCAAAAUACUAUUCCAACUGAUCCAAUUGGUAGUAAAAAUGAAGCUGCCAUUCGGCAAACUAGAAGAAGUCUCCGUAGACAGCAGCAGAUGCAUCCGGACUCUGAUUUGGCGUCGCUCGAUCCAAAUCGAUUGAUCGAGUACAAUCCAAAUUUGCUCGAUGUAUCUCCGGUUACUAGAGUUGCAUACGCUAAAUUCAUUAUGGGAAAAAGUAAUAAACAGAUUGAUGCAUCUGGACAAUCACCCGCGGCUCCUACAGGUGCAGCUGAAACCACUGACACCACGACUAAACCAGCUGUUCCUCCAAGAUCAAGUGUAAAAAUCAACAUCAAAGAGGCUGUAACUAGAGCACCAUCAGUCACUUCAGCAACUGAAUCAGUCAAACGUGGGGUAUUGAAGAAAUCAAUUUCCACUCACAGUCAGGACAAAGCGGAUGUCGAACGAGUGAUUCCCUCACCGAUUCCCGAAGAUCCUGAGGAUGAUCAGGCAAAGGCCAGUUCGUCGGUGAAAAUUAAUAGUAAAGUCAACGUCGAAGCAGAAAAAAAGGAAACGACUGUUGUCAAAGUGGAGAAUGAGAAGAAAGAUCAUCCCCCAGGAAAAACAGAGAGCAAAAAAGAUGUCAAUACUAAAGAAAAAAGUCAAACUCAAAUGCCUGUUAAACAGGCUUCCGAAUCGCCAGAAACAAAACCACGAGGAAAAUCAAAAGCCACUGGUCGUGUAAUGGGUGGAUGGAUAUAAUUUCUCCUCCAGU